AUGUCUUCAGGAUACGGUCAUGGUUCAUACAGACAAUCAUUUGGUUCGAGCCCGGGGGAUCAUAGUAUCGGUGGCGGCUGGAUGUCCGAGUCGCCUAUUAACAAUUACUCACCGACCGGAAGCGCCGGUUCCACUCCACAGGGCUCUUCUAAACAAUACGUUAGGCAGUCGGUGAGACCAGUCACAAUAGCUCAGCUAUUGUCUGUAGCAUAUGAUGCAAUUGACUCGACAAUUAAGAUUGAUGGUCAAGAAGUUACAGUGGUGACAUUUAUCGCAUGGAUUAGAUCUACCAACGAACUUACAACUAAUACAAACUACAUAAUGGAUGACGGAACCGGUUGUAUUGAUGUUCGGUAUUGGCUUCAAAACGAUAAACCAGAAGAGGUAUCCAAGCCUAAUUUAAGUAAAGAGACGUAUGCCCGAGUUUUCGGUCAGAUGAAAAAUUUUAGAGAAAAACGCCAUGUCAUUGCAUUCUGCGUUAGGCCUGUGACAGAUUUCAACGAAAUAACACAACACACACUUGAAGUCAUUGAAGCACAUUUACAUGCAAAACAUGGACAUCUUUUUAGUUAUUCAUCAAUGGGCGGAUACAGUUACAACAGAGACGAAGUAUCGGAUAGACGAAACAACGAUCUGUUUAAGCAACCGUUGCAUCGCGAGAUUCACGAUAUAGUAAAGCAGAUUCAAUCAAGGAAUGUCAUGGAUGAUGGUGUUGGUGUUAAUAAGAAAGAAAUUAUUGUAAAGCUAAAGAACUCUUAUGAUGCAAAUGUCAUCGAUAAUGGUAUUCAAUGGCUUAUCUCGGAAGGACUUUUGUAUGCUACCAUUGAUGAUGAUCAUGUUAAACUCACAACAGAAUCAUAA